CGGCGCCCGUGCUGGGCCCGUCGCUGGCGCCCACGUGCGGCGCCGGGCUGCUGGCGUUCAUGGCGCUGCUGGACACGGUGCUGCGCCAGCAGUGCUUCCUCGACGACCCCUGCGGCCGCGUGCCGCCGCUCGCCGCCGCCCCCGACGCCAGCGCCUUCGACUUCGUGGUGGUGGGCGGCGGCUCGGCCGGCUCCGCGCUCGCCGCGCGCCUCUCCGAGGUGGGCGAGUGGCGCGUGCUGCUGAUGGAGGCGGGCGGCGAGGAGCCGGUGGGGGUGCAGGUGCCGUCCAUGGUGGUCAACUUCCAGGGCACGCCGCUCGACUGGCAGUUCCGCACGCAGCCCGAGCAGUACGCGUUCUCGGAGGGAGCAGUACAAUCAAUGGAAUGGUAUAUUUACGUGGACAGCCCCAUGAUUAUGAUAGUUGGGCAGCGGCAGGCAAUACUGGAUGGAGCUAUGCAGAAGUGCUACCAUAUUUCAAGAAAUCUGAAGAUAAUUUGCAGGGAUGGAGUUCGUCUGAGCAGCGCAAGAGCGUUUUUACGACCUGCUCGAAAUCGCGAAAACUUGUUUGUUAUGCUCAACACUACAGUUACUAAAGUAUUAGUGGAUCCUUCUACAAAACGAGCAUAUGGUGUUGAGUACGUGCAGAAUGGUCGACAGGGUGCAGUCCAAGUGAAAAAGGAAGUCAUUCUAUCAGGAGGGGCUAUAAAUUCACCACAAUUGCUGCUUCUCUCAGGGAUAGGACCUCAAGAAGAUCUUGCAAGAGUAGGAGUUCCUUUAGUGAAAGAUUUGCCAGGAGUUGGAAGAAAUUUGAAUAAUCAUGUGGCGUUUGCAACUGUGUGGAACAUGAAAAAGAUUAACGACACUUAUGAGUUGGAUUGGAAGGCCAUUUUAGACUAUGUACUUCAUCAUAAUGGCCCUAUGUCUAGUACAGGACUUUCUCAAAUCACUGCUAAGUUCAAUACGAAAUAUGCUCAUCCUUCGGGCAACAACCCGGAUUUACAAAUGUUCUUCCACAGCGAUGUGGCAAACUGUGCCAAAACCGGUGCAGUUAACGAGUUGAAAGACCCAAACUCCCCGGGUGUUCGUCAAGCUUAUUUUGUACCUGUAGUCCUCCAUCCUAGAAGUAGAGGAUACAUAACAUUAAGUUCUUCUAAUCCCUUGGAGGAUCCUCUCAUUUUUGCAAAUUAUCUAGAGGAUACAAGAGACGUUGACACUUUAGUGGAAGGCUUACAAUUAGCCGUUAAGUUUGGAGAAACCAAGAUUCUUCGAGAGGAGUACGGAUUUGAGUUAGACCGGACGCCAGCAGAGGGGUGUGAACAUUUGACCUUUGGGUCAGUUGAUUAUUGGCGGUGCGCUGUGCAACAUAUCUCUGGUCCGGAGGUGAAUCAUCAGGCUGGGAGCUGCAAGAUGGGCCCAAAAGAAGAUCCACUAGCUGUUGUGGAUCCUGAACUUCGUGUCUAUGGUGUGGAAGGUCUAAGAGUUGUAGAUGCCUCUGUGAUUCCAGGAAAUGUAUCGGGUAACACGAAUGCCCCAGUUAUAAUGAUUGCGGAGAAAGCUGCCGAUCUCAUUAAAUCCACUUGGUUAGCGAGGGAUAUUUCUCAAGGAUAUAUAAAUCCUGGAGAGCACAUUCCUUCCGUUCAUUCUGUCUAUCCGGCGGCUAUAGUUCCUACCUUAGGUGCCUCUAGUUCUCAGGCCUAUCCAUAUGGAAAUAGACAACAGAAAGUGUACUGGAUACAGCCAUAUGUAUAAAGGAUCGAUAAUUCCUUAUAAUAAUAAUGAUAUUUUCGCGAACAUAGUUUAACUUCUUUCAUAAGUUCUUUUAUAAUCAUUUUAGGACAUGUAUACAGAAAUAUGUAUUAAAUGUCAUACAUAACACUGAACAAUUAAUAAUUGUGCCUGCAAAUGACGGAGAAAAACACCUGAAAUUUUACCCACAGGAGUUAUUUUUAUUUCUGGUACAUUGUUUCGUUUGUCUGUAAAGUAUUUUUUAGUAUACGUUAAGAAUUAUUGCGUAAAAUGUUUAUAAACUUAAUAUACGAACAGAUGUUUGUCCCAAUAAAACAAGAAUUCUUUUUAUAAUUUUUAAUGUUCAUAAUAAAAC